AUGGUGCCAAAAUUCUAUCAGCACGUCCUUGUGUUGGCAUUUGCUGUGAAAGAAGUCAAUGAGAAUCCCAACAUCUUGCCCAAUAUCACACUUGGCUUCCACAUCUAUGACAGCUAUUAUGAUGCAAGGAUGACCUAUCGUACGACUCUAGACCUCCUCUUCAAAAUGAGGACAUUUGUCCCCAACUACAAAUGUGACACUCAGAAAACCCUCAUAUCCACCAUUGGGGGUCUUGGCCAUGAUACCACCUUCCAUAUGGCAGACGCAUUAGGUCUGUAUAAGAUUCCACAGUUUUCAUAUGGUUCAUUUCCUGCAGUGGAGAGUGAUACAAGACGGGUUCCUUCCUUUUACCGCAUGGUUCCCAAUGAAUCCCACCAGUUUGUGGGGAUUAUCCAUUUGCUUAAACAUUUUGAAUGGACGUGGAUUGGACUCUUGGCUCUGAAUGAUAACAGUGGAGAACAUUUCUUGCAGAUUCUGGAGCCAUUGCUUUCUCAAAAUGGAAUUUGCUCAGCCUUCACACAAAGAAUCCCAAAACAACUCCACAUUGAUAAUAUGGAUGAAAUGCAUGAAAUAGCUUUAAAUAUGUAUGUACAAAUCAGAGAUAAUAAAGUCACUACAUUUAUUGUUUAUGGAGAAUCUCUAGCAAUUACAGCACUGAGAACUAUUAUAUUUCUUCCAGAUCCUACAAAUAAGGAAAACACACCAUUUAUAAAGGUAUGGAUCUUUACAGCCCAGACUGAUUUUGUAUCUAUGGGUUUUCUUAAGGUUUGGAAUGUUCUGCUCUUCCAAGGUUCCCUUUCCUUCACAAUCCACUCACAAAAUCUUCUAGCAUUCCAAGAAUUUCUUCAGCGCGUAAAGCCGCCUUGGACCCAAAGAGAUGGUUUUUUCAAGAAAUUCUGGGAGCAAGCAUUUGACUGUGUAUUUCCAAAUCUCAGUGAGCCAAUGGAGGUCAAUGACAUGUGUACUGGGGAGGAGAGGUUGCAGAGUCUUCCAAGGUCUCUAUUUGAAAUGGCCAUGACUGGUCACAGCUACAGCAUUUACAAUGGUGUCUAUACUGUGGCUCAUGCCUUGCAGAACAUUUACUCAACAAGAUCCAAGCAGAGAGCAAUGAGUAGAAGCAAACAAUUGAAACUUCCAGAUCUGAAGUCUUGGCAGCUCCACCCUGUUCUUCAUGACAUUUCAUUUAACAACUCAGCUGGAGAAAUUGUAUCCUUUACUGACCAAAGAGAAAUGGGAGGUGGAUUUGACAUCAUGAAUACAGUCACAUUCCCAAACAGGUCCUUUCUUCGAGUGAAGGUUGGAUGGGUCGAUUCUGGUGCAGUUGAUGGAAAAGAAUUCAUCAUUCAUGAGGACAAGAUCAUGUGGCACAAUGGUUUUAAUCAGGUGAUGCCUACUUCUGUGUGCAAUGACUACUGCCGCCCUGGGAAUCAGAAGAAAAGGAAGGAAGGGCAGAAAUUUUGCUGCUAUGAUUGUGUUCCAUGUCCAGAAGGGAAGAUUUCAAACCAGAAUGACAUGGAUGACUGCUUCAGAUGCCCAGAAAAUCAGUAUCCAAAUAGGAAGAAAAAUGGAUGCAUCCCCAAAACUAUAAGCUUUCUUUCUUAUGAGGAACCUUUGGGUGUCAGCUUAGCCUGUGUUGCUCUUUCUUUUUCCCUCAUCACAACUUUGGUGCUAGGAACUUUUAUUAAAUACAAAGACACUCCCAUAGUCAAAGCCAACAACAGAGAUCUCACCUAUGCUCUCCUCAUUGCCCUUCUACUCUGCUUCCUCUCAUCUUUUCUGUUCAUUGGACUCCCUGGCAAAGUGACCUGCCUUCUUCGCCAACCAACUUUUGGCAUCGUCUUCUCUGUGGCUGUUUCUUGUGUAUUGGCCAAAACCAUCACGGUAGUUGCAGCUUUCAUGGCCACCAAGCCAGGAUCCAGUAUGAGGAAGUGGGUGGGGAAAAGACUGACCAACUCCAUUGUCCUUUUCUGUUCCCUCAUUCAAGUGAUUACUUGUACUGUGUGGCUGAUUACUUCUUCCCCGUUCCCCCAACUAGACAUGGACUCAGUAGCAGAAGAAACCAUUGUGCAGUGUAAUGAAGGCUCAGUGACCAUGUUUUACUGUGUCCUGGGCUACAUGGGCCUCCUGGCCAUUGCCAGCUUCAUUGUGGCAUUUGCAGCUCGCAAAUUACCUGACAGUUUUAAUGAAGCCAAGUUCAUUACCUUCAGCAUGUUGCUAUUUUGCAGUGUUUGGCUGUCCUUUGUCCCAACCUACCUGAGCACCAAAGGAAAAUCAAUGGUAGUGGUGGAGAUCUUCUCCAUCUUGUCCUCCAGUGCUGGAUUGUUGGGCUGCAUCUUUGCCCCUAAAUGCUUUAUCCUUUUGCUGAAGCCUGAGCUGAACCAUAGGGAGCAAAUAAUGAGAAAGAACUGA